CUUGUAUAUGGAUCCCUACCCUCGACCACUCAUCGGAUUCUGCUUCACUGUCAGUCAAACCUUAUUGGUGCGAGCAUAAUUCGGCGCGUCGAAGCCAACGCAUGCGCUGCCAGUGCCGCGAAACCCCUUUCUUGAGGCCCCAAAGGCCCUUCGUCCGCCAUGUCGAGCAACCCGCAAUUGAUAUACCAGCUGGACUCCGCUUUAAUCCAGAACUUCUUGCUCGCUGCUCCGUUUGCGCUCUACGCAUAUGACCGGCUGAUCACGUUUGAUCGCGAGGUGGAUCUCAUAUGGGGACGUCCGAGCCAGCGAAGGAUACCCAUCGUGCCUAUUCUCUACGUGCUGAUGCACGUAUCCACUCCACUGUAUUUCGUGAUUAACAUCGCUACCUGGUGGGACCUCGAUUGUAAGGCAAUGUGUAUGCGCUGAACCUAGCCUACGGUGCUGACACUUGUGUCAUGUACUUGACAUGGGGAGCAAUCUCCGCCCUGCGCGUAUACGCGAUCAAUCCACGAGACUGGUCAGUACCCAUCA